UAUUCUUUUGUAUUGAAUAAUCAUAAAAUGCAUCGUGUGUUUGUUUUAUUUUAUCACCAGUAGAAUGUUACAGAAAGAGAGGGAGAGAGAGAAAGAAAAUUUCGAUUUUCAAUAAUGAUAAUUUAAUGAGAUAUAAAAAUAAUUAAAAACAUCUUUUGAUGAACUCACUCUUUCUAAGAUCAUGAUGAGAACAAUAAUGUUAUCAAUAUAAAUUCAUAGAGAGCAAUCAUUAGAAGUCUCGAAAGGAAAUACACCCCUCCGCCAUUCAAGUGUGUCUCAAGCAUUAAUAACGUGAGAUAUGAAGGUCUUAUGUGUACUAUCUCUUAUUAAUAUGUGAUGAAAGAUAUCAGUACAAUUAUAAAAAGUUGAAAAUAUUCAGAUUUUCUUAUUUAUAGUAUUUAUCGAUUUAAUCUAUCAUACUCAAAAGUUAAGAUUAAGAAAAUCAAACAUUAUAGUGUGUGCCCAAUAAUUUGAGAACAUUAAAACUUGUGAAAUUUAUUUUGUUAAAAUAUCUUUCAUAUCAGUAAAAAUAGAACUACAUACUGAUAACUCGAUCGGUAUAAAAUGUAGGACAAAACAUCAUUUUCAUUCGGAUCUGUAUAUUUAUCUCUUAUUAUGAUUGUAGCUGAGCAGAGCGGUCGUACAAAAUCCUAGAACGGCAGCACUUGAGCCUGCCAAUUAUAGAGUGAGCAAAAGUGCUUGGUUAAAAGAUGAAGAAUCACCAGUUGUAGCUCGUUUAUCUCAUUAUAUUGAAGCUUUAACGAAUUUAAGUAUGUUAACAGCAGAAGAUCUUCAAGUUGCAAAUUACGGUAUUGGUGGUCAUUAUGAACCACAUUUUGAUUUUGCACGCAAAACUGAAAAAGAUGCUUUUGCAAGUUUUGGUGCUGGUAAUCGAAUCGCUACAUGGCUAACUUAUUUCAGCGAUGUUGAAAAAGGUGGUGCAACUGUUUUUCCUGCUUGCGGAGGAUAUAUUAGACCAAAAAAAGGAAGCGCUGCAUUUUGGCAUAAUCUUUAUGCAUCAGGCGAAGGUGAUUAUACAACACGACAUGCUGCUUGUCCAGUAUUGAUUGGUAAUAAAUGGGUCGGAAAUAAAUGGAUACAUGAACGUGGUCAAGAAUUUCGUCGACUAUGUUCACUUGAUCCAAUGGCUUAA